UCUCAAAUAAAGAGCGACACGGUCGGGUCAGCAAUGCAGCCAGUUGAAACGUUUCAGAACGCCACAUUGGAAAGGAGGAGAAAAGUGGUAUGUACGGUUUUAGACAUGAAAUGGUAACCGCCCUUUAGAGGGUUUUGCAUCUAAGCUCUUCAAUUGUGAAAUUUUAAUGUUAAGAUUGAAAAAUGCUGUAGAAGUAUUGUUUGUUAUUACUGUAGUUCAUGUUAACCAAUGUAGUUAACUAACGGUAAGAAAUUUGAACCUUACAUGAAUAAAGACAUUAAUGGUCUAUAACGGAGUCUAAAACGAGGCAGAUUCGACUAGUCGUUAAUUUUAUAAUUUAUUCAUUCAUCAUUUUAAAUAAAUGUAAUCGUGUUUCCUUGUUCUUUUUCAGGAUUUUGUAAGUGCUAUAAGCAAUAUUUUGAACGACACCAAAUACUGGAAACAAACAUCAAAUGAUAAUGCUACCAAUUUAUCUAUAAAAUAUCUCCAGAGUGUUGAAAAUAUGAUGAACAACUCAAAUCUGUCCACCACUUCUUACGUCAACCGUUCAAAUGUCGUGCUGAAGGUCUGUAACUCCAGUGAUUGCAACUUUUUCAAUGUCAGCGUCAAAACAGAGCAAAACGUUUCAGUUGUUGUAGUUGCAUUUAGGAAACUUGCCACCAAUUUACCACAAACCCUGAACAAUGAGAGCGUUGAAUCAGAAGGCAUAAUCUUGUCAGUUACAGAGGUAAAUAGGACUGAUUACACUAAUCUGAAGAUGAACUUCAAUGAUGGCCAAAUAAGACAACCCAACCACCAAAUGUUUUGCGUUUACUGGGAUGAAAAUCAAAGCGAGUGGUCAAGUGUUGGCUGCACGUGGGGUGGUGCAAACAACCCGACACUCUGUACCUGUACGCACAACUCUGCUUUCACCAUCAUGAUGUCCAAAACAGCAGAAAGUCUUCCGUAUAUGGAGGAACUGACAUAUGUUGGCUUGGGAAUUUCAAUGGUUUCACUCGUGCUGUGUAUACUGAUUGAGAUUAUGGUGUGGGAUACGGUCGUAAAAUCAAACAUCGCCAAUUUUCGCCAUAUAGCCUUGGUCAACAUCUCAGUUUGUCUGCUUUUUGCAUAUUGUGCAUUUUUAGCAUCAGCAAAACCAAAGCAAAUCCUCCCAAACUGGUGCAUGAUACUUACAGUGGUGAAGCAGUUUUGUUUCUUGGCCGUCUUUUUCUGGAUGUUGUGCUUGAGUUUUGUGCUCCUUCACCAGCUAAUAUUUGUUUUUGAGAAGUUACGGAAAAGGGUCUAUUUGGCGUUAUCGAUCACUGUUGGUUACGCAUGCCCAUUAUUGUGUGUGGCAGUGACCGUCAUUCAGUAUGGCAAUGGUAAGGAGGGUGAAUACUAUUCAAUAGAGACUUGCUGGCUAAUAUAUCAAUCAACAUUGAAAGGUUCACUCUUUGCCUUUAUUUUGCCGGUUGGUACCGUUGUGGUUUUAAAUAUGUUUGCAUUGUUUGUGGUCAUCACAAAAAUUGCAACGCCUGUUGUGUCCGAGGCAAAAGCUCGGGACGAAAAAGAUGUCGCCAAAAGCAUCAUUAAGACGAUCGUUUUGCUGAGCCCUAUCCUUGGAAUAACAUGGAUUUUAGGAUUUUUCGUGUUCACACUUGACCUUACACAAAAGCCAUAUGCCCAGAUCGUGAAUUACGCAUUUACAAUACUGAAUUCCCUACAGGGGUUUUUCAUAUUGCUUUCAAACUGCUUCGGAGAGAAAAAGGUUCGUGAAGCACUUUUGAAGCGUUUCAGGGCCAAGAAAUCAGUGAAUUCUAAAAGUGAACACUCAACCAAAGAUACAUCACUAAAGAAAUGAUCAUCUGGACAGAUGUUUAAGGUAAGUAACAUUUCAGUGUUUUGGAAUUUAUUUGUCAUUUCUCUCUAACAUUGUUCAUAACUGAAAUGUAGGUUUUAAACGGACGCAGAUGACAACGCAGGAGGAAAACAUUUAUGGAUGCAAUUCUGUCAGAUCUCUUAUUUAUUUUUUAUUCAAUUAAUAACUGAUUUAGUGUAAAACUGCUAUAAAACAGGAUUGAUGUGUAUAUAAUUUCAUAUCACAUGAUUAUCUUAUUGUAUAGUCUGAUUUCUGACAGGGUCCAUUUUUAAUU